AUGUCAGGAGGAGGCUACGCCGUAGUGGACGCCGAUGACGGCGACGAGCUCCAGUUCAAGACCUUCCUCGGGGCCGACUCGGGCCUGCCGACACCCUCUGGCGGCGCUGGCGCCUCGUCGUCCGCUGCCGUUGGCAGCUCCUCGCGCGCCGACCCAUCAGCAUCAUCGCGCACGUCCGCCCCAUACUCCCCCUUCAACCUCGCGUACUAUGCCGUCUACUUUGACGUCGACACGACCAUGAUCCUCAAGCGUGUCGGGCUGAGCCUCGUCCCGCGCGGCGGGUUCAUCGCUGAUGCGUGUGAGGGGCAGGUGGAUUUGUACGGCCCAUUCUGGACCCUAACAACCCUCAUCCUCCUCCUGUACACGACCUCGACGCUCACCUCAAGCCUGCAGCAGUACAUGGCCGGCCAGCCCGUCGUGUCCAACCUGCCCCUGCUCAGCACGGCCACGACGCUCGUGUACAUCUACGGCCUGGCCCUGCCUGCGGCACUGUGGGCGCUCACGCGCUGGCUCGGCGUAGGGAGCUGGGGGCCGGCCGAGGCGCUCGGUAUCUACGGGUACGCCAUGAGCGUGUUCAUCCCCGUGUCUUUGCUCUGCCUCAUCCCCGUCGGCAUCGCGCGCUGGGCUUUCGUCGGUCUCGGCGCCGCGAGCUCGGGCUUCUUCCUCGUCACCAACAUCUACCCCGUCCUCGCCGAAGGCGACAACAAGCUCGUCCGCCUCCUCGUCAUUGGCGUCGGAGUCCUCCACGCCGCUCUCGCCCUCGCCAUGAAGGUCCUCUUCUACUCCUACUCCGUCGGCAACGUCAACGCCGGCCCAGACCCAACAAAAGACGCACGAGGCCUGUUCCACUAG